AUGGGUGGUGGUGAUCUCAACUUGAAAAAGUCGUUCCACCCAACGCUUCGGCGUAACCAAGCGGCCGUUUACGAUGAAGAGCAGAAGGCGCUCGCCGAGCGCAAGCGCACGCAGCAGCGCAUCGAUGAAAUCAAAGAAGAGCGCGCCAAGGAAGAGCUGCAACGGCAGCUAGAGGCGGCGGGAGGAAAAAAGAGGAUCGACAGAGUCGACUGGAUGUACCAAGGACCUACUGACGGUCAGGCCGGCACAACUGAGGAAAUGGAAGCGUACCUGCUUGGGAAGCGCCGAAUCGAUAACUUGAUCAAGGGCAACGAUCACGAGAAGCUGGAAAAGAAUGCCGGACAGGAGAGUUUCAUGGCGCUGCAGAAUGCAAACAGCGCUAGAGACACAGCAGCCAAGAUUCGAGACGACCCUUUGCUGGCAAUCAAGCGCCAGGAGCAGGCUGCCUACGAAGCCAUGAUGAACGAUCCUGUUCGCCGCAAGCAAUUGUUGGCCGCAAUGGGCAAGACGGACGACGGCGACAAGAAGAAUGUCGCGACGGAGACAGACAUCGCGGUCACGAUCGCUCACACAAAUCCCGACGUCGUUCACUCUCGCGAUCUCGAAGUCCACACCGGCGUCGUUCUGAUUCCCGUGAUGAUGGCAGAGGCUCCCGAGGUUGGAGAGAUGAUUCUGAAGAACCGAGCUCUCGACGCCAUCGGAACGAUUCCAGAGACAGACGACAUAGCGCAAGAGACGAUUCGCGCAGAUACGACAGAUCACCUCUAA